AUAGCAACAGCAGACGACACUGCAACAGAGGCAGUCGAUGCAAUGAUGGCGAUUUCGGGGAAAGUGAUGGAGAAACGGGUGCUCUCAGGAGCAGCUGGGGCUUCCGGGUUCGCUUUUUUGUUAAUGUUAAUUUCUGUUGCUACGGACUAUUGGAUGGUGUUAAAGGUACCCAGCGGCUUCUACAGGAAUGUUACCAAACAAUAUCUCAUCGGUGCUAAUUCAGGUCUAUGGCGAUUAUGUCGGACGGAGGUUAAGAAUCUGACGGAAUCCGGCGGCAAAAUACUUCGGUACUGCGAGUCUCUGGACAUGUUUCCCACCAACCACAACCUGAGCAAUCAUCCGGAAGUUGACUCUGGAUAUCUAGAUUACCGAAGGACCUGCUCUGCCUUUGCCAUUAUAGGACUGGUAUUGAUGGUAAUGGGAAUCUUCUUUGCCUUCUAUAGCAUGCGGGAAGUACGUUAUAUGUUUAAACGAUUAACAUCGUUCAUCUUUUUUAUGUCUGCUCUCUGUGUCCUUGUAUGCAUAGAAGUACUGAUGUCGUCAAUGACUUAUGCUGCUGCUAAACUUCCUUCAAGAAUACCAAAAGGAUCAAACCUUACCUACGGGUUUUCAUUUGUCUUUGCCUGGUUAGCGUUCAUAGCUUACUUAGCAGCUGGCGUGGUCUUUCUGGCAUAUGGAAGAAAAAAGAAGUCGGAACACGGCGUUGAAGAAGAAGUCGCGGAAGCCAAUCAACCCCUGCAGCUUGGCCGGGUGUGAUCCGAGAUAAUCUUUUUAAAAUAAUGAAUAAGUAAAAUUUAUGGCAUCCAGGAUGCAAGAUGCCGCAGUCAGAGCAUCGAUAUCAAAUUAUCAAGCGCCUGCCGGAAGUCUAGUCAUGAUAUCAGGUUUGAAUAUCAAGUCAGGAUUCAAGAUAACGCAGAUGCACGCCAUUUUAGCUGGAGGCGCUGAAGUGGAGUUACGCCCCUGCCACCUAGCCAGGUGUAACAUCCCUGCCACCUAUCGAACCAGGUGCAACAUUUGUGGUUGUUUCCCAUAUUUCAGUGUUCCAACAGAAUAGACGGUUAGAGAUACAAUUGCUUUUCAAUAGGGGGAAAAGACAGAAGACUAGUCAAGUUAUCUUUUAGCGUUCCCAAAUAAUCAGGGGAACACUGAGAAACGGAAACGGUCGUUACACCGGGUUUGAUAUUCAAAACUACAGGUCUGGUCACAAGUGCCAGGUUUAAACUAGGACUUGCUCUAUAAGCUCCAACUCAGCCAAGGAUAAAAUUACCAUGAACGAGCUACAAUCAGGGCAAAGUUGGUGUUGCAACGUCAUGAGCAGGUCAGAUUAGGUUGUUGUUUACUCUUUUUUUGCUCUGAUCCACAGAGAACACGGUAUGCAUGAUGACUUCCAGACUAAGUUCGUCCUGUGCUAAGAAACGAUGAGUCCGCACAGCUCCCCUGAAACGUUACUAAAUGUUCGAUUCGUCGCUAUUUCAAAGAUGGCAGCACAGCUUAACCUCGGGAGAGAGGUACCGAUCGAGUUAAUCGCCAUCUCAAGGAAAGAUCAACUACUCGUGGAAGAUUCAAAUGAGCGCUUUUACAAAUUACCACAAUGUAACCAAUUGGGUGUAAGUCUUGUUGCUGACUGAGGUCUUUUGAACAUGUUCCGUUGCUUCCAAUAUUUGCGAAAUAUAAUAUUUUGGCUGAGGUCGCCGCCGCAAGAAAACUACGCCCGAGCACAGUGGGUACCUGAUGCUGUUGGCGUCCGUGAUGAUUCCAACAAACUGUACUAAUACCGCUGUGGCCGUGCGUUUUUUUGGGGAUAAGGGUUUCACAGCAGAAAAACGCAAUUAGUUAAUCCAGGUCUUCAUUCAGUGUUAAAGUGUUUUGGGCUGUUUUGUAGUUUCGAUUAGUGUGUAUUUUUGUAGUCUAACGUCAGUGCCUUGCUGUUGUAUGUUAUUGGUAUCUUAUUAUAACAUUUAAAACUAUGCGUGUCAUGUUACUGAUGAUAAUCCUGGUGCUAAUUAGUAUAAAAUGUCGUGUCAUUAUGUUUAAAAAUUGCUUUAUAAUCAAUAUGUGCUGGGUAUCCUGACCAACUCUUGAGCACUGAAACUGUGUCAAAGUAAACUGCAAAUCGUCAAAUUUUGCGGAUUCUGGUUUCUAUUUCAGGCAAUUUUGGUGAGGAGGGUGCACCAAGGGCCAGUUUUUGCUUUAUUUCUACGAUAGUUUCGGGGAGAAAAAAAUAAUACAAAAAAGGAUAUUUUCAGUUGGAUGACUUGGAAACGUUUUUGAAUAAUUUGCCAAGUGGAAAUGUGUCAAAAGUAUACAACACGUAAAUCAUUGGUGCGCCUUAUUUAGCCAAAAUCAGAAAUACAUGUGCGUUUACUUUAAAUCAAAUCUAACUUGUAUCUAUAUAUUUGUUUAUAUUCGUGGUGAUUCACGAGACAGUACACGCUCUGUAAGAUUAUUCGUGAAAUGGCUAUGGUCAAGCUGUAAAUGAUUUAACACGGUACGGUUUUAUCCCUUUUACAUGUAGUUUGGCAUAAGACAAAUAUGCGUUGUUGUUUUUUUCAAUUUACAUGCAUGUCAUCUUUUCCCUUUUUUAUAUGCGUUUCUCACUGACACACAUUUGCAGCACUCGCUUUACAUUAUGCUUUUGCACACUUUACUCUCAAUGUAUAUUACAAUUGUUAUCGAAUUUCUAUGAAUAAAUACAUUUUCAUUUCUUUU